AUGCGAGCAACACCGUACGAGCUCCACGUGGUUCCGACUCCAGCGUCGACGACCCGCCCGAGUUUGCACUUGGCCCUCGACUCAACUUCCAACGACAACAACGAGAACAAGCUGCCGCCAACGCCGUCGCUCGGACUCGUUUUGGUCGCCAACUUUCUCUUCAACGUCUCGUUCUACAUCAUUGUGCCCACGGCCACACCGUACGCGCGGAGCCUCGGGGCCACGGACCUCUACUCGGGCCUCGUGAUCGGCGGCAUCACGCUCACCUCGGCCGUCUCGCUCGUGCCGCUCCAGCAUGUGCACUGCUUUCGCGACUACUACAUGCCGACGCUGCACCUCGCUGCGAGUACACUCGUGCUUGGCCAUCUCUUGUAUGCGCUCGCGCAUACACUCGACUCGCUCGAGCUCCUCCUCGUCGGGCGGCUCGUCAACGGCCUCGGCUUUACGGGCUGGCUCUUCGUGAAGCGGUACUGCACCGACCCGCGGCUCGUGGGCUACCGACGCCGCACCAUGUGUGCCAACCUUUUGGUUGCAGCGCAGACGCUUGGCAUGGUCGGUGGUCCUCUCCUGGGCGCCUUACUGGCGAAAUACGCACCGGCGACCGGUCUCUGGAACGCCUUUACAGCGCCCGGGUGGCUCAUGGCGACGGUCUGGCUUGUCUAUUGGCUCGUCGCGCGCAUCGUCUUUGUCGACGCGCCACCGCGCACGCAAGGUGACUUGCACGACAUUGUACAGGCCAAACUAUCGCAUUUGGACAGUAGUCGCCGGUGGACCAUUGUGGCCAUGGCGCUCGGGUCGCUGACCAUUUUUUUCGAGCUCGGCGCGUGGGAGUCGAACAUUCCGGUCUUCAUCGACGCGGCGUGGGCAUGGACGAGCUUUGACGCGGGCGUCUUGAUUGCGAUUGGUGGGUUUGCGAGCUUUGGUCUCAUUCUACCGCUUUCGUUUUACACGAAAACGUCUCCCGACCGCCUGGUGCUAGCGGCUGCGUUUGGGCUGGCGAUCGCUGGGACAAUCGUGCAUCAGUGUACGCUGGCGCAACCGACGCCAGCGACCCUCGGCCUGAGCUGGUUCCUUGUCUGCUGGGGCAUGAACCUCGCAUCCACGAUCACGCUAUCGCUCUUGACCAAAACGCUGCCGGAUGCGCUCUCGGACAAGGCCGCGAUCGUUAUCCAGCUCUCCAAUUACGCUGGGCGACUCACCGGCGCCAUGUGGGGCACCGCGGGCAGCGUCGUCGGCGGCGAGUACGUCAUUGGCCUUGGCAACCUAUGCCUCUUGCUCUUGAGCACGGCACUCUUGGUGCGCGUAUGGCACUCCCUCGACGCCCCCACGGGCUAAAGUCGGGUGUUAUUAUCCGACCGUCUUUUUAAUGCGACUGAUAAUACAUGUU